GGUGCUGGGAUUGCACGAUCCAUAUUCGCCAAUGCAGCUGCACUGUUUUUGACCGGAUGAGUCGAAGCUCCGUGUAUAUUACAAUACAAUUCAAGAGUAGGACUUGGAAGUUACAACACUUUAUAAAGUCUAGCAUUUUACUUCUGCCUCCCUUCUCACACUUCAAAUCCCAUACGCUCACCCAUCAAUAGCUUACUUUCCUGCAUAAGAAAAAAUUUCACACCUCCAUUCAUCAUGGCUCCCCCCAAAACCCUCAAUUUCAUCACCGGCAACAAAAACAAGCUUAUCGAGGUGAAAGCUAUUUUGGGCGAUACCAUUGAUCUUCAAAGUCAAUCUCUCGAUCUCGUUGAGAUUCAAGGGACUAUUGAGGAAAUCUCCAGUGACAAAUGUCGAAGAGCUGCUGAAAUUAUUCAAGGUCCAGUGCUUGUUGAGGAUACAUGUUUAUGCUUCAAUGCAUUGAAGGAAUUGCCUGGUCCAUAUAUUAAAUGGUUUAUGGAUGCAUUAGGUCAUGAUGGACUCAAUAAUAUGCUUGCUGGCUUUCCAGAUAAAUCUGCACAAGCAGUGUGUACAUUUGCCUAUUCUGAAGGCCCAGGUCAUGAACCUAUUAUCUUUCAAGGAAGAACGGACGGCAAGAUCGUACCUGCAAGAGGUCCAACUGCAUUUGGCUGGGAUCCUAUUUUCGAGUAUGAAGGUCAAACAUACGCCGAGAUGGAGAAAGUUGAGAAGAACAAAAUCUCUCACCGUUUCCGAGCACUCGAAAAGUUGAAGACAUGGCUGCAAGAGGAAGCAUAGAGCUAAGAAACAGAGGUCAAGGAAUGGAGUGACAGAUAGAUAGUGCUCUCUUGAGGCCGAAAAACACUUCA